GCAUUUAGAUCUCAAUCAAAAAGCGGAUUUAACUUUAAAAGGUGUAGUGGGUACUAUCAUUAAAGAUUAUUUUCCGCGGCUGACACAAUCACAACGACAAUUAUUCGAAGCUUCGCCGUUUGGAAUAUUCUUAGGAAUGCAUAUCCCACAUGGUGAUCCGUUACUUGUGCAUUUGAUGAUGUUGCACGAAGUAAGGUCUCAAGAAGUAUUUGAAAUGGGGAGGUUUUUUUUUGAUAUACAAGGGACGCAUUUGGAUUUUGGUGAAACGGAAUAUAUUCUCAUUUGUGGUUUAAAGGUUGGUCCUUAUGUGGAUUUACUCCACGAUGAAAAAGGCCGGUCAAAUUCAAGUCUUCGUGCUCGGUUGUUCCCAGACAUUUCUGAUGCGCGUAUGCGGUUGAAAGAUUUGGAAGACUUCAUUAUGUCUCCAAAAUAUUUAGCAGUUCAAGAUGAAGAUGUUGUGAUGCUUAUCCAGCUUGUUUUUGUGUUGAAGGGACUCCACGGACGGGACGUUAAAACGUGCAUUCCCGCUGCAAUAUACAAGCUUGCUGAUAAUAAAGAUGAUUGGAACAGGUAUUACAUUUAAAUAUUGUGUAAAAAUAGAAUACAAUAAUAAUAACUAUAAUAUACAAUAUGAAAAUUGCAGGUUUGCAUGGGGUACGUAUUUUUGGAGGUAUACUUCGCGGAUGAUGCGUGGAAUGUUUAAGAAAAUAGUAGAAUUUAGACAAUUCAAGGAGGUCAAUCCCGAAUCCAAGAAAAUACACAAGUAUACCGUUCCUGGUUUUAUGCUGCCGUUUAAGAUCUAGAUUUUGGAGACGUUCCCCGAGGCAACCAAAUUUUAUGUACGCAUCCCGACAGAAUUGCCGCGGAUGAGGUCGUGGAGAAGUAAAACACCGUUAUCUUGGGAUAACUGUCGUCGAAUAAUCAACGUGCUUGUGCCUAACAACGUACCUAUUCCAGUCGUGGCAAAUGGGACGGAGCUGAUGUUGCCGUUUUAUGUUCGCUACGUCAAUUGGACUCUUAACCAUGAAGAGUCUCCUCCACCGCAACAUAGUCCGGUCCGAAAUAGUCCACCUGUUGUUGCCUCGCCUCCUCGAAGAACUAUAUACAAGUCGGAUACAUGUUCGAUUGAAUCUGCCACAAAUGCUUCUUCCUCGCAACAUCCUGAAAUAGAAACAACUUAUACGUCAAGCGACACAUCAACGAGGGUCGUAAAGAAGAAGAAGAGUAGCACAAAGGCAUUUGUGAAGCGUCUACUAGGCGUUGGGGCUGAGUUAUCAUCUAAAGUAGAUCGUGUAUUACAUGAAAAAGAUGAGCCAAACAAACGGUUUGUAGAGGAGGAGGAGGAGGAGGAGGAGAUGAUAAAUGAAGAGGAUGAAGAACCAUAUUACCAUGAUACACAGUUCGACUAUGGUGGUUUGGAGGAGAAAUUUGUGCCUACACCUACGCAUGGUGAGCCGUCACAAGACGUGGGUGAACAUGACACAAAAAUAGUGACUCUUAUUGGUAGGCCGCAACGAAAGAGGGUUGUUGCAUGGUAUCAGCGGACUCCGUUCACAGUGAUGCAAUCGACAGCAAAAUUGAAGAAAAUCAGCAAGACAAGGAAGAAAAAAAUAGAGGAGAGUCCUAAAAAAACAAAUGAGGACAUUGUCAAUGCAGAGAGUAGUGACGUUUCAAACCAUCUCUUGUUGGACAGUAUUUAUAGUAAUAGUCCGAUGAGUUUUUGGAAAGAAUGGAGUGUGCUCUCUUCCAAACUCAUCACUAAACAUAGGCUGCAUAUUCUCCCACUAGAUAUGGAUUUUUGGUCGAGGUUACUUUCUGUUACUGACAAAGGGUGGUUACUUUCUUCGGUUCUAUCCGUAAUAAAUGUUAUUAGUGCCCAUUCGUUUAUGGCGGUGCUACAUUUAGAUACCUGGAAAGUAGAAAUUUAUGAUUCAGCACGAAUUGCGGGUUACUUCUCAAAGUACUUAACUGGUGGAGAAUUCACAAGUUUUGGAGAUAGUAUUAUCUCAGAGUUAGAUGUCAUUGAGUACUGGAAACAUUUCCCCGUUGGACACAAAGACAAAGCAAAGCUGGAGUUUGUUGAUGUUGUAGACGUGUCACAACAAGAAUAUAGUCUUGACAGAGGGGAUUGUGGAGUAUUUGUAUGCAUGUUUAUGGAAAUGAUUGUUUCGGGGGUACCAGUGAAGAUUUCUACGGCACGUAGAGAUGCGGGAUUUCUCUACAGAAAUAAGAUGGCAAAUGUUAUUUGGGAUACUAUAUAG